AUGGUUAUUGACCUCCCGCAGACUGUGGCCCCUCCGACGUACGUGGGCCAAUCCCGGUGGGAGUGGGUCCACUGUGGACUGCUGCGGGUGUAUGGACCCACGGGAAGCCAGAGCACGACGCUGACUAAACUCUGCCCGUGUCAGGAGGGGCCUGGCCAGCCGUUCCCUCGUGUGGAGCCGGAGCACUACGAGAUAUCACCGCGUGCACGUCUGCUGCCGUUGGGACCGUCGAGAGUCCACGUCCAUGAUCAACCCAACAACAUGCCACCGUUGGAGUUGGAUCAGUCUGAUCCUGAGCCCCUGGUGGGAGGUGAGGGGAUGGAGGAGGAGGAGGAUCAGGCCAUCGCCGGCCCUUCUGUCUCUAAUCCUGAGCCCCUGGUGGGAGGUGAGGGGAUGGAGGAGGAGGAGGAUCAGGCCAUCGCCGGCCCUUCCCUCUCUGGGACUUCAUACCACAUGGACCAGGAGAGGCCGGGUCCAUCCGUCACUUUGGAGGCAUUCCAGAGGCUGGAGGCCCGCCUCAGCAGUCUGGAGCGCUCCCACGCCCUUCUUUUGAAGAAGUGGCGGUCCCUCCAGGCUGCCCCGGCUCCCGUGGCCCCCACGUCCGCUCAGAAGGGGGAGCACAUGGGCAAGCUUCAGAAUGCGGACUUCCUGUAUGAAUCCCUCGUGGAGGACUACAGGCUGUUCCGGCUCGGGGCGCGGACCAGGACGAAGGAUAUCGACAACGCCAAGCAGUCAGCCAGCCACUCCCUGAGGUUCUGCCGGUACAUGGCCCAGGGAGUGGCGGCUGACUGCCUGACUAGGAGCCUCAGGUUCCUCAACCGCCUGGACCACCUCCGUGGAUACCCGACGUACCUGGUGACCAAGGGCUAUAAAAGCACCACAAUAAAAAAUAUGAUUACAAAUGUGAUCAUGUUCCUGCGCCAUGUGAGCAAGCGCUUCCCGCGCCAGACCCGCCUGAGGCCCGCUGAAGCCUCGAACCUAGAGUACGAGCUUCAGCGGAUCCAGCGGGACAUCGCGCGGGAAGUGCUUGUUCACAAGCAAAAAGUGCUCAAGAAAAAGUCAGCCAACCAGCUGGACCCCAGGGACAGCGUCACAUUUUUGGACAGGGCCAAAAGGGCCAUUGACGCAAUUAUCGGCCGAAAGGAUCCCGAUGAACUGCAUGGCCUGGGGAUGGGCUACAUCCUCGGCUACCUGGCCAUUGUAACAGGCCACCGGGCGGUGGUAUUCCAUCAUGUCACAAAGGAGUCGGUACAGGAGGCCGACUCCUGGAAGUCUGGGACUCGCUUCCAAGUGUUGGUGGACGACCACAAAACCAGUCGAACAUUCGGGCAGGCCUCCCUCGUCCUCGAACGCCAAGAAUUUAACUGGCUCCGCGUCCUGGCCACCGGCGAGGUCUGCACUGAGGAGUGCAGGGAGGUGGACAACAUAUUCCACUCACCAUCUGGAGGCCCAAUAAGACAGGUCUCUGAGCUCAUAAACAGGGCGUGGGCAGCGGCUGGACUUGGGGGGUCCAUCAGCUUCAACAAGAUCAGGAGCAGCGUGUCCACACAGGCCAAUGACCACCUUACGGAGGAGGAGCGGCGGAGGGUGGCCAGGGCCAUGUGCCACGACCCUGCCACGGCGUCAAAGUUCUAUGUGGCCCUCCCCAACGGGGAGAGCCAGACUCGCCCGACUCCUCUGGCUCUGAGCUUGCCAGCCCUGAGCCAGCCCCCUCCAGCCCAGCGGACGACCCCUCCAUCCCUGAGCCAGACGCCUCCAUCCCUGAGCCAGACGCCUCCAUCCCUGAGCCAGACGCCUCCAUCCCUGAGCCAGACGCCUCCAUCCCUGAGCCAGACGCCUCCAUCCCUGAGCCAGACGCCUCCAUCCCUGAGCCAGACGCCUCCAUCCCUGAGCCAGACGCCUCCAUCCCUGAGCCAGACGCCUCCAUCCCUGAGCCAGACGCCUCCAUCCCUGAGCCAGACGCCUCCAGCCCUGAGCCAGACGCCUCCAGCCCUGAGCCAGACGCCUCCAGCCCUGAGCCAGACGCCUCCAGCCCUGAGCCAGACGCCUCCAGCCCUGAGCCAGACGCCUCCAGCCCUGAGCCAACCCCAGCCUGAGCCAGACGCCUCCAGCCCUGAGCCAGACGCCUCCAGCCCUGAGCCAGACGCCUCCAGCCCUGAGCCAGACGCCUCCAGCCCUGAGCCAGACGCCUCCAGCCCUGAGCCCUCCACCCCACCGCCUCAGCCCUCGACCGCUGACCGGCAGCCCUGGACCCCGGUAUGGGCGUGCGAAACGGCCUCGAGGAAGCGGCUGUUCCCCGCCGACGAGGAGGACGAGGAGCCUCGCGCCCUUCCUCAGCCCAAGAAGUGCACGGUCGACAUUGACAGGCUGCCGAGUGGGGUACUCAGCUAUUACGCUACCGUAAUUAGGGAGUACCCUGCUCAAGGACCGACGAGUGUGUGA